AUGGCCAUUAAUGUUUUCAUGAAAGGUAAGGGGUACAACAAUGACAAUGACUGUGGUGGGGAAACCCUAUCGAAGAUAGUGGUGGGAGGGAGUAGGGGUCUCUUUGUGCUGCUGGUUAUUUAUCCAUGGGAGACUGCCCAAGACGUUUGGAAGGAAGUAGCUGCUACAUAUUCCCGAAAGGGAAAUUUUUCUCAGACAUUUGAGUUGCACCGAUCUAUUGAGCGCUCAGUACAUGGGGAACAGACAAUUCUUCAGUAUUAUACCUUUCUGACUAAUGGUUGGAAACGUUUAGAUCAUCUCUUGGAUUACAAACCUGUCUGCACAGUUGACUCAGUUAGUUAUCGAAAGUUUCUUGCCCAAGAGAGAGUCUUCAAGUUCCUGGAAGGCCUCAAUGUGGAGUUUGACCCUAUUCGGAAUCGUGUCCUUGGCAUGGAUGUUCUUCCAUCUCUUCAGGUGGCCUUUGCUUAUGUCCAGAAUGAAGAAAGUCAUCAUUCUGCUAUGUUACCUCCGACUUCUAUAGACCGAUCAACAUUACUUUCUGCACCUUCUCGGGAUGGGGCUAGUUUGCCACUUCCUUCUUCUCAUCCUUCCGGGAAGGAUAAUUUGUUCUGUGAUUACUGUCGUCGACCAAGGCAUACCCAUGAGACUUGUUGGAAGCUUCAUGGGACUCCAUCAGCAGGUCAAGGAGAUCGCUCUGGUCAUAAAGGCGGUCGUUCUAGUCAGUCAAGAGGAAGUGGGUCUCACUCUCGUGCUCAUUAA